CACUUAUUUUUCUUUUUAAAUGUCAAACAGAAAAAUAUAACCUUACGAAAUACUAGUGAAACAAAAUGGAUAUUUUAAAAGCAGAAAUUUUGAAAAAGAAAAGACUUUUAGAAGAAAAUAAAUUAAUCGAUGAAAAGCGAAAAUAUUUUAAGCGAGGUGAUCUUGUAGCUAAAGAAGAACAAGAAUAUCGUGAAAAAUAUGGAAACACAAUAUCCGUAACAUCAUUAAAAGAUACAAAAACAUCUAAAGAUGGCAACCAAACAGAAGAUAAUAAUGAACAAACAGUAUUAGCCAGGGCAGAAGUAAUCCGUCGGUUACGGGAUCGAUGCGAACCAAUAUUAUUAUUUGGAGAAACAGAGUUAGAAGCUUUUAGGCGAUUACGGAAAUGUGAAAUAUUAGAACCAGAAAUGAAUAAAGGUUUUCGAAAUGAUUUUCAAGAAGCUAUGGAAAAGGUUGAUCAAGCAUUUUUGGAUGAAUUACUUGAAUCAAGCGCACGUGAAUCACAUUCGAAUGUUGAUGACGAUGGAAAUUCAUCCAAAUCUACAUCAGAACAGUUUACCAAAGAUCGUGAUGAUAAAGAAGAUCCUGAUUUAACUUAUGAUGGUAUUUUGGAAAUGGCCAAAUCAAUGGGACGCGGUAAUCGUAAUUUAGACAUGAAAGUGAUUAUGAUGUUUUUACAAUUUUUAUUAAGGAUGUGGGGUGAUAAAUUGAAUAAUCGUUCAGCAAGUGAGAAAAGCUCAACUCGUGGUAAAAUGGCUGGUGCAACAUAUACACAAACUCAAGUUUAUUUGAAGCCUUUAUUAAGAAAAUUGAAAACAACCUCUUUACCGGAAGAUAUUUCCGAUAGUUUAACAGAUAUCGUACGGCAUUUAUUAGAUCGAAAUUAUUUACAGGCAAGUGAUGCAUAUUUACAAAUGGCAAUUGGUAAUGCCCCUUGGCCAAUCGGUGUUACUAUGGUAGGUAUUCAUGCACGUACUGGACGUGAGAAGAUUUUUUCGAAAAAUGUGGCACAUGUAAUGAACGACGAGACACAACGUAAAUAUAUUCAAGCAUUAAAACGAUUAAUGACCAAAUGCCAAGAAUAUUUUCCAACUGAUCCAUCUCGAUGUGUUGAAUACGCCGCAUUUGAUAAUAAACAACAAAAUAUUUAACUUUGUGUAUGCCUUUCUGUAUUUAUUAAUAAAAUGUAAAAGACAAAAAUUCAAUAUUUAAUCUAAAUAUUGUUUAACAAAUGAAUGGACUUUGCCGUAAGACCAACCUUCUGUAUAUUCAUCUAUUUUUUUACCUUUUUUAUAUACGUGUAACGUUGGAAAUCCAUCGACCUACGAAAAAAAUAGGUCAAUAAACGGACGCCACUUUUGAUAAUAAACAACAAA